CUAAAGCGCUUGUAACGAAUACAAGAAAUAUUUUUUUCUUUGCCUUUGGCAAGCGGUAUGAUAGAUGUUACCACUGUUUUCUCCUUUUCUUAUCACAAUUAUAGGUUUUGCUAAAGAAAAAUGGCAGAGUAUGGUGCAGAUUCUGGAGGUAGAGUCAAGGGAGUUACAAUCGUGAAGCCCCUUAUUUAUGGGAAUAUUGCCAGAUAUUUUGGAAAGAAGAGGGAGGAAGAUGGCCACACCCAUCAGUGGACUGUAUAUGUUAAACCAUUUAAAAAUGAGGACAUGUCAGCUUAUGUGAAGAAAAUAAAUUUCAAACUACAUGACAGUUAUCCUAAUUCAAACAGAGUAAUAACAAAGCCUCCGUAUGAAGUAACAGAAACAGGAUGGGGAGAAUUUGAAGUGGUUAUUAAGAUUUAUUUCAACGAUCCAAAUGAAAGACCUGUGACAUUGUAUCAUCUUUUGAAGCUCUUCCAGAGUGAAACAGACAUCAUGUUGGGAAAGAAAUCAUUAGUCGUAGAAUUUUAUGAUGAGCUGGUGUUUCAAGAUCCUACUGUCAUGAUGCAAAACAUACUACAAAGUCUCCGACCUAUUUCUAUGGGGUCAUAUAAACAUGAAACUGAUUUUGAGGAAAAGAAAGAAAAAACAAAGGGGAACAUAGUAUCAGCAAAGAACAAAAUCCAAUAUGAAAUUCAAGAAUUAAAUGAAAGACUAAAACAGAGAAAAGAAAUGAUACAAAAACUGAAAGAUGAAUUAUCAAAAGUAGAUGAACAUAUAAACAUAGAAGAACUUGUAGAGGCUGUUACAUAAUUUAAUGUGAAUCUAAUUACCACUGGGUGUGUUCAAUAUUAUGACAGUCAAAUGCAUGAGUUUUGACGAAAGAUUGUGUAAAUUAUGGAUGUUCUAUGUUGUCUAUUGUAAAUAGAUAAAUGGAUUUAGGAAAUAAGACAUGAAGAUAAGGAGGAACUGCUUUCAAACAAAUCAAAACAUUGAAAAAGAAUAUAUUUGAUCAUUUACAAAUGUUUGAGACAAUUUUGUUGACUUCAUAUAGGUUUUUUUGUGUCUCAGUUGAUCAUAUCUGGCAAUAAAGAAAAAAAAAAGAAAACAAAUAAUAGUUUAAACAAUUGCCAUCACAAGAUACCAUUCAACUGUAAAAAUAGUAUGCAAUACCAGCCUUAUGUUAGCAAUAGAUAAUCUGUAACUGUUCAAACUUUUAUACUAUCAAAAAUUGUUGAUAUCAUGGUCCAUCUGUGUGUAAUUCAUAAAAAUAAUUUAUGAAAAAAUACAAGAAAUCACCAGUCUCAUUUUAAUCAAUUGUAAUUGACUAGAAAAGUCAGUUUACCUUCUCAAGGUCUAUUGUUCUUUGUGGGCACUCUGACUUCCGCCGCACUUUUUGCCAAUAGAUCUGAAAGUUGAGUUAAUCACCAACAAAUCAAUCUUGAAAUGCAUCUUUUCAAAACAAUAUUUUGACAAAGAAUGGAGAUUAAUCGACACAGAUGGACAUAAAAAGCAUGACAUUGUUGCAUUGUUACAUGUCAUCAAUUUUCUAAGAUUUUUAAGUAUCACAUCCUGUUUCUGAUCUAAAAAAUUAUUAGCCAGUAGGAUCAUAGGGAAAAUGUACAAACUGCUGAUAAAUAAUUAAACAUU